AAUAAGCGCAGGAAUGCAACUGUCACUUCUUUGCGGCUUGGGCAGAUUUCGGCGUCUGGGGAAGGUUAGACAAACGCUGGACCUCGCUCAGAGCCGCGGUCCCAGAUGAGAAUCUCUAGUGUAUAAAGUGUGUUUUUGUUGUUUCAAGACCUCCCACAAUCCGUGCUGGUUGUUAGAACAGCACCGUGAGGAAGCGUGCCGCCAGCUAGCAGCAGAGGAGCACGGUCAGGGUGUGGGAAGACCACGGGCGGUUGUGAGCUGGCUGAUGCUGCACCUGUCGCGUCCUCUGCUCGUGUUCCGAUCACAGUCGCCCUUGCUGGUUGACUAAGAGGGUUGAGGAGACCGGACCUCUAUUGCCUUCUCAGCAGCUGAGUGAUGAAGAAGGGGGUGAUGUAGGUGGCGGGGCAUCUUGCCACUCUGUAGGGAUGUUUUCUUGCCUCCAAGUCAUUUAUUGCAUGUAUUGACGGAGGCACCAACACUUGGCCAAGCCCUGUUGUAGGUUCUAGCCUGGCGAAGAAUAUGCGCAACCAUUGCGUUCUGUUUGGGGAAGACAGACAUCCAGGAGGAGUCAGGUGGGGAUAAGGAAUAUGGAGAGAAAUAAAGGAAGGCACGGUUACUCAGAAAGGAUGGGCGAGGAGAGCAGCGACGACAAGAAGCCCACGACGAAGUUCGAACUGGAGCGGGAAACAGAGCUUCGCUUCGAGGUGGAGGCCUCGCAGUCCGUUCAGCUGGAGCUGCUAACCGGCAUGGCUGAGAUCUUUGGCACCGAGCUGACUCGGAACAAGAAGUUCACCUUCGACGCCGGUGCCAAGGUGGCGGUUUUCACAUGGCAUGGCUGCUCUCUGCAGCUGAGCGGCCGCACCGAGGUGGCUUAUGUGUCCAAGGACACCCCGAUGCUGCUUUACCUCAACACACACACAGCGUUGGAGCAGAUGCGGAGGCAGGCGGAGAAGGAAGAAGAGCGGGGCCCCCGAGUGAUGGUGGUGGGCCCCACCGACGUGGGCAAGUCCACCGUGUGUCGCCUGCUGCUCAACUACGCCGUGCGCUUGGGCCGCCGUCCCACCUACGUGGAGUUGGACGUGGGCCAGGGCUCCGUGUCCAUCCCCGGCACCAUGGGGGCACUCUACAUCGAGCGGCCGGCUGACGUGGAAGAAGGGUUCUCUAUACAGGCUCCUCUGGUGUAUCAUUUUGGCUCCACCACUCCUGGCACGAACAUCAAGCUGUAUAACAAGAUCACAUCUCGUCUAGCGGAUGUCUUCAACCAGAGGUGUGAGGUGAACCGCAGAGCAUCUGUGAGUGGCUGUGUCAUCAACACCUGUGGCUGGGUCAAGGGCUCUGGUUACCAGGCCUUGGUCCAUGCAGCUUCAGCCUUUGAGGUCGAUGUCGUCGUCGUGCUGGAUCAAGAACGACUGUACAACGAACUGAAGCGGGACUUGCCCCAUUUUGUGCGCACCGUGCUGCUGCCCAAAUCCGGCGGUGUGGUGGAACGCUCCAAAGACUUCCGGCGGGAAUGCAGGGACGAGCGCAUCCGGGAGUACUUCUAUGGAUUCCGAGGCUGUUUCUAUCCCCACGCCUUCAACGUGAAGUUUUCAGAUGUGAAGAUCUACAAAGUGGGGGCACCCAGCAUCCCCGACUCCUGUUUGCCUUUGGGCAUGUCUCAGGAGGACAAUCAGCUGAAGCUGGUGCCCGUCACGCCCGGCCGGGACAUGGUACACCACCUCCUGAGUGUGAGCACCGCCGAGGGCACGGAGGAGAACCUCUCCGAGACCAGCGUGGCCGGCUUCAUUGUGGUGACCAGCGUGGACCUGGAGCACCAGCUGUUCACCGUGCUCUCUCCAGCCCCCCGCCCCCUGCCCAAGAACUUCCUCCUCAUUAUGGACAUCCGGUUCAUGGAUCUGAAGUAGAGAUGGAGCAGGAGGCCUCGCUGCCUAGGACGGGCAGAGGACCUGGCCAUCACCAGCGGGCUCAGAUAGGACACUGGUGCAGAGUGGUUUAUCUGUGGCCUCUAGACCCGAGAAAACAUCUGUAUUCACCCCUUCAAGCAGGUGGCAGUAACCAGACUCUUCUCAUUU